AUUCUGUUUUCGACACCCGAUACAUACACUCACACACAUUUUCCACUACUAAACAUAUUUUCUAAAACAUGCAGUUCCAAUUUUUGAUGGCUCUGAUUUUUGUUGCUUUGGUUUUAACUGACAGCGUACUAUCCCUGCCACUGGAGAAAAAAGCAGACAUUUCCACAUUUGCAUCAGCUAUCAAUAAUGCUGGACGGCUUCGAUACGGCAAACGAUCGGACCCCGCAAUGUGGGAAGAAAAUAAUGUCAUCAUUCCAUCAUCGGAAGAUCAGUACCUCUACUCGGAAGGACGUUAUCCGUACGCAUUAAUCAAACGUGCGCUGAACAGAGACUCCCUGGUGGCUUCUCUCAAUAAUGCGGAACGAUUACGAUUUGGCCGUAAAUAAUUCCAUCACGUCAGCCCGUCCGUAGCCGUCUCGUUUUUUUUUCUAAAUUUUCUCUCUCGAGGUUUUGUUUUUAUUUCAGAUAUUUAAUUAAUUUAUUUAUUCUCUAAAAAAUUUUCCUCAUUCAAAAAUUCGCUUAUUCAAAUUUUUCAUCAUUCACCAUCUUCCUGUCUUGUAUCAAAUCAGUCCCCCCAACUCGUUUUUAUUUUUUAUUUCUUUCUCAAAAAAAAAUCAAAUAAAGUUUGUGAGUCUGUUGUU